UCUGCGCAGCAUGACUAAUUAAAAUUAAAAACUACACUAAAAACCAAGAACUUAUUGAUUUCUAAGAUGUUUCACAAAGUCUGUGUAAACUUUUUUAUGCCUGGAAGUAUUCCUUAUUCUGCUUUUAGUAUAGGAAAAAGUUCAAACAUAUAUAGUCGGGGGUUCUAUUUACCUCAGCUGAGGAACACGCAGAAGAUGUUCCAUGAACAACACUCAAGUGGAAGGAAAUAUUGCAGUUCUGCCUCUAGCAAUGUGAAAAGUAACUAUCUUGUAAAAGAAUUGAACAUUCCUAUUCCAUAUGGACAUAUUGCUGCAAAAUGUUGGGGAGCUGAAACAGGAAUUCCUGUUUUAGCCCUACAUGGUUGGUUAGAUAAUAGUGGAACAUUUGAUAAGCUCAUCCCAUUGUUGUCCCAGAAUUUUUUUAUUGUUGCCAUUGAUGCUCCAGGGCAUGGCAGGUCUUCUCAUCGACCAUUAGGUUGUGUUUAUACAGAUGUUGGAAUGCUAAUGGAUUUCAAAAGAGUAAUUGAAUACCUCAAUUGGAAUAAAUUUCAUCUAAUGGGACAUAGUCUUGGAGGUGCUCUGGCAUUGAUGUUUACAUCACUUUUUCCCAGUUUAGUUGAAAAGGUUGUGGUACUUGAUAUUGCAAAGCCAACAUCAAGACCAGUGACUUCUUUCCCACAUGAAACAAUAAACGCAAUACAGAAUCAUUUUAAAAAUGAAUCUAAAAUGAAUAAAGACCCACCAGUUUACACGAUUGAGACUGCAGCUCAGCGGCUUAAAGAAGGCAUGUACAAUGAGGUAACGUUAGAGGGCGCAAGAAUUUUAAAUCAAAGAGGCACCCGCGCUUCAAAAUGUGGUAAAGGUGUUGUAUUUAGUCGAGAUAUCAGAUGCAGGACAAUUGAACAGUUUAGCAGGAGAAGUCAUGAAUUUGUGGAACAGUGCAUGUCACAAAUACACACUGAAAUUCUAAUGAUUAUGGCAAAUAAUACCCAUCCUAAUUAUGCGUCAUCUACACCUGAAGUCAUUGAAACAUUUUUCGGCAUAUAUAAGAAAAACAGCAGAAACUUUCAGUUGAAGCAUGUGGAUGGUAAUCAUUUUGUACAUUUAAAUAACCCAGAAAGAAUUGCACCUUUCAUUAAUGAUUUUCUUCUGAAUAAUAAUGAAGUGAAAAUGUCAUCACGAUUGUAGGUUUCAGAGUUAAGACGUACACUUUAGUAAUUUUGAGUUGCUUAAUAUUACAGUCCUCACCAUCUUAGAUAAUUGUAUUCUUCUUGAAAGGUUUGGCUUCAUUAUAGGUGUGAGAUUUUAAAAGCAAGCUAUUUAUUUAAAAUAAUUUUUCCUCCGCUCUGCUACAAUUAAAUUCUAUAAAUUAAACUGAAAAAAAAAUAAGGCCCUUAAAUUCAAUAUUUUAUACCAGCAGUCGGCAACUGGUGAACCGCAGGCUCAGAAGGUCAAAAACUGGAAUGCCAAAAAAGUUUUCAAAAUCUUAAAUACACAAUAAAUUACCUAAAACAAUUUUAUGUAGGCAAUAAUAUGUUUAGGCACAACUUUUAUUACUUUUUCUAGUGUUUUAGAAGUAAUUGCUAGACUGGUUAAAAUUUUUAAAGACUUGUAAAAUACAAAAGGUUUUCUGGAUCUUCGAUCAAAAUUUCAAAACUUUCCAGACCCCUGCUGUAUACAUUUAAAUGCAUUUAUUUAAUAAGUAGGUUAAUCAUAUUUUUUUAAAGCAGCCGUUUCAUCACAUUUUUUAUUUUUUUUAUUGAUUCCAUUCUACUUAAUUUCAUCAGAAUAAGUGAAAAACACUUAGCAUGUGAAAGUUGAAUACAGCAGUUUGAGAAAAUCACAGUACUGAUGAUGCUUCUCAUUAGCUGUAUUUUGGCAUAUUGUUAUAUCUUUUCAGCAUUUUUCCAACACAUAAAUGUUCAUUUAUUGCUGACAAAAUUUCAACUGAUCGUUUGACAAAACAGUUUUUUGAAUUCUCAAAAAAAAAAAAAAAAAAAGUUUUUCAAAGAAUCCUGUUCUGAAUUUGCUUGUCUUUCUUUUACUUGGUUAUCUUCCCCUCAGAGGGGAAAGGAGUAAGGAAUCUUGUGGAAUGGUGAAACAAGGAUGGGAUAUAAUUCGGAUAAGAAAAGGUGAGGCAUUGGAACUCAUAGAGCUUUUCAAAUUGAAAAGCUCUUCAUGACCUUGUCUUAUUUCAUACAUUGAAUUAAAACAUUAAAAAUUUAAUUUUUUAAACUGCCAGUACUAAUUUUGUCGAGCAGUGUUUUUGUAAUGAUUUCUUAUUGAUUUAAAUCAGUUCUUUCAAAUUUGAUUUUAAUGAACUGUUGAUUUUAUUAGUGGUGGGAAAUAAAUUGAGUGUAUAAAUUGCAUUUUUGAUAAUUAAACCAUAAGCCAGAAUUUAUAUCAGUGUCAUGAAACAAUCAUGAAACUUGAAUUUCAGUGGUAAUUCAAGUGGUUCAGUUAUUGUGCAAUCUGAUUAGCAUUAUAAUGGAUGUUUUUUUUUCUCCUUCGACCUCCUUUUUCAGAUUUCAAUCAGGCUGUUGAAUAGAUUGUAAAUUAUUUAUCCAAAUUUUACUUGUAUCACCUCAAAAAGCAAUUUCUUACUGAAUUAAAAUCAUCCUUAAAUCUUUAUUGGAGUUAGUUUUAUUUCCACAUGUAUUCAUUAUUUAUUCAUAUGUGAUUUGAAUGUGAUAUGUCUUUCAAAAGAGUAUUAAUUAAAAAAAAAAAAAAUACAUCAGUUGAUGUUUUUAUAAACGUUUGCUGCAUUUGAAAAAUUAUUGUCCUCAUUUUUAUAUAGCUUAACCGGUGAUUUUCAUUCCAUGUAAUAUGUCAUGCUUAUUGAUCAUUUUGAAAGUAUACAUUUGUAAAUGUAGAUAAUCUGUUAAGAGUAAAAUA